UGGUGUUUUAAUUCUUGACAUGCUCUUCUCAGCAUGUUUUGGUGGUCAUUCUGGAUCUCAUGUUUGCAAAUUCUGUUGAUAAUUCAGUGAUAUAUUGAAAUGAGUAAGUCCUCUAUGACAUAGUGUGAAUGUUUGUGGCUGGCCUUUAUUGUAGAACCUUGUGGUUUUGUGUUGAAUUGGGAUAGAAAGUUAAACUUCCUUUGUUCAAAUUUUAGGUUUAUCUAGUGGAAUUGUGCCUGGUAAUUGUCUAACUAUGGACCAAUUUUGGGGAAUGAUGAUUGACAAAUGUAUAUUUGACUCUAGAUAAUCUUUUACCCCAAAUCGUAAAUUAAAGGCUUAUUGUAUUAGAAUUAUCUUAAGUUUUAGAUUGUCAGAUCUUUUAAAUGUGGAUGUUGAUCAGCAUUAUGUUUAUGAAUUUCCUUAGGGAAAAGAGAAAAAUUCAAUCUCCAAACCUUUUCUUGGAGACUAAACUUACCAUAUGUGCAAAAUGAAAGUAUUUUAGAAAGUGGCUUUGCUUAUUUAAUGGAGUUUAAUCAGCUUAAUUAAUUAUUUUUCCUAGGUUGAAGCACUUAUUUCCCAAAUUUGAAUAAAGGGAAAAGAUCAGUAAUUUGGCCCCUUUUUUUUGAGGCCAUUUUUAGUUUUCUGCCCCCAUUUCCCAGCCCUAGUGUAAAAUGAAUUACGGGUAUCCCUCUAAGUCCCUGUAACCCCUUUUUGAGAUCACAGAUACCUUUGAUAAUCUGAUGAAAGUGAUGGACCCUCUCCCCAGAAAAAAAAAAUGCACAUACACCAAUAAUUUUCCAUACAACCUCAGGGGCAUCACACAUCUGAAACCCAAGUUAAGGAUCUCUGCUCUGAGUCAACUCUAUAGUAAAAAAAUUAAUUCAAUUAAUUAAUGAAAUUAAGAACUAUUGGCUUAAAACAUUUCAGAUUGGAAUUAUUGUGAGAUGGUGGCCCCUACUAGCAAAAUGUGACAUUGCAACCAGCUUUGUUAGACAUCCAGACAGAAGGAAAAAAGAAGCAAUGUUCGAGAGCUAUUUAUAAGGAGUCAGGGCAUCUCUAGAUGUGGGAGCCAUUCCUGGUUCAAGGCAGGGGUCAGGGUGCCUGACAGCUUCUGGCAGGGUAGAGUUUGAUAAACCACAAUGCUCAGGAUGCCAAGGGGUUAACCAUUAUCUUAACCCCUUCCUCACCAAAAGAUUUUAGUUUUGUCUAUUAGAAAAAAAGAUGUCACUGGGAAAAAAAAAAAGAUUUGCCUUACAACUUUGCUGGAACACAUCAGUUCGGUGACGUACGGGACACCAGUAUUAUUUGUGAGAAGGUACAUAAAACCAAAGUAAAUUAUUCUCUAUGUAGAACAUUAUUUACUAGUAACAUUUGUUUGGAUGUAUUAGCUUUGACAAUUUUUGCCAGUAAAUAUUGGUUUUAUUUAAAACUGGGAAUCCAGUUUAUAAAUAGAAUAGUUGUUGUAUCUGUCCUUUCCCCUAUGUAAAGAAUAGUUUAAAGAUUUAUGCAUACUUUUUACUUUUCUCUCUUAAUGCCAUGGAGUUGGGGGGGGGCGCGUGAGGGGAGAUCUUUGAGUCAACUGACAAAAUGUCUUCUCCAAAUUUAAAAAUUGAGAAACAGCACUUUAAGUCUAACUUUACACCAAUUUAAUGCAUGUAUUAGUUUUCAUAAUGAUUUUUUGGUGCAUGCCUUUGGGCUUCUUCAAAAGUGUAUAAUAGGAAAGUGUAUUUCCUUUCUUAGAAAGGAGAUUUUUUUCUACUUUGCAACUUGUGAUUACAAAAAUCUUCCUCUGUGGGAAGAUUAACCAUGUAUUGAACUACUGAAAAGUAUAUAUUUUUAGAUAUACAGAAGGAAUCUACAUGGAGCAGCAUUCAGACCUAUAUAGAAGUCAUAGCAUUCUGUAUAGGACCAAAAAGGAAAUAACAUUAAACACUUAAACAGACUUUGUUGGGUAGAAAUACCUUUAGAUCUUGCAUUGACUUCCAAAAAGAAAAUACCACAGAAGUUUGCUGAAAACUUUUGUUGUUUGAAUUUUCUCUGUCAGUGUAUUUAGCCCAAAUACAACAGCUUUGGGUUAACACAUACAUAAGAAUAAAAAAAAAAAAAAAGCAAAAAAAAACACAAAACUAGCUAAAUAGAUCAGUCUGGUUUGCCAAUCCAGCUUGACUAAGUAAACUAAUCACUUGGAACAUGAAAAACUGUCCAACUCCUCUAAGGUUUUGACAAAAUAACCUUGGCUGAUGUGGGAAGAUACCCACUUUGAUUUCUGACCUGACAGUGAAGAUUCAUGCUUGACAUGAUUUCAAACCUGACAGUGUCUGUUUAAGGAGCUAUGGUACAGUUUGCUAAUUCAAUCCCAGAUACCUGUUGAUUACCUGUGAGAUCUAGAGUCCAAAGUAGCCAGCAGCCAUAUCCCGGAGUGCUCUGUGCCCAUCAGAUCUCUUAAAGUAAGCAGGGUUGGGACAGGUCAGGUCACAGCUCAGAUGAGUGACCUCAGGUGCUGUGGUCAGCCCCAGAUUCAAGAAUUGUGUCUCUUUUCUUGGGAGUCAUCACUGAACUAAUGUCCCACAUAGUGUUACUUACUGUAGAUGCUCUCUCUUGGAGGAAGCCCAGAGCAUACAUCCUAGUUGCUUGUGGUACUCAGAGAGGGGGUGCUAACUCUGAGGCCCUGGCCAAAUUCCAGUUUAGGGAUGUGGGUCUUCUUGCCAUUCUAAUUGGAAAUGUGCAUCGCUUCCCAUUUUCCCUGUUGACCUCAGUGCAAACUGCAUUAGUCUGUUUCUUUGCCCUGGUCCCAAGUAAGAUGCUGGUGUGUAUUAUAUGGGCCAAGUUCAUGCCUUAUCUUAAUGCACAGGAGUUGAGGAAGGAGUGAGCAAAUCAAAGUGUCCUGUAGUGAGAGGGGAACUCUUGUGAUGCUUUGGAGGUGAAGCAGGGCCCUUUUAGCAUAAGUUGGGGAAUAUGCACUGGCGGAGGCUUCCAACCAUGAGGUGUGAAUUGAAACCUAUCUCCCUCUUUUCUUACAGCAUGUUGAGAAAAAUCUGUUGGGUUUUCAGCAGUCAGGGAAGGCCGGAGUUCUGCAGCUUUAAUCUGGGUAACUGAGGCUGGUUGGGGCAAGACUUCGGUUAAUUAACUGGGUUCUCAGAUGCCACAGACUCCGUGAAAAGUCACCAUUAUUUUCAAUGGUUGUGAUAGAAUUUCCCCCCGGUAGCCAUUAUUUUAAGAUUAUAUUGCAGAGUUGCUUUAUUUGAGCUUUUCAUGUAUACACAAUCCCAAACUGGAAGAAAUAAUUAAAAAAAAAAAGGAAUCCUGCUGUGAAAGGUAUAUAUUGCUCUAGAUUUUUCUUACUGUAAAUAUUGUAAGAUUGUAAUACUGUCAAUAUUUUAUUAACCAACAAAUGUUAAUCUAUGUGAAUUCAGACUUAUUUUAAAUGUGCUUCUUAUUUACUGUGUGUGGUCCCUGUUGCUGACAGUAUUAAGUUAUAUUCUGAUGUAAGAUUAACUUUAUUAAAGAAUGUAAACAUUAAUGUUUCCUUAUGGGAAAACAAAUAAAGUAUAAAGAAGACAAUUCUUUUCAUUAAAAUAUACUGUGUAUUUACACUUGCUAGACCCAGCACCACUUAUAAAUUUAGUACACUGUUCAGAAUUUUAGUUAACACAGCUGACAUGGUUGUGCACUGUUUGAAAGUCUAAGAUUAGGUAUUGUUGGAAUAUAAAGUUUGUAUUUGUCUGCUGUGAAUCAUAAUCUUGAAAUUUCUAAUCAAGUUUGUAAAAUUUUUAUAGUAAAACAUUUUAAUGAGAAUUUAAAAAUUUACUUCUCUAAAGAAUGGUCAAAACAGUAUCCUUUCAAAUAUAGAAUUGUUCUUUAAUAUCUUUCCAAACUGACUUUGGUUAAAUGGACCAGAUGUAUAUUAGUUAAAAUUUAGGCCAAAGUUGUGAUAUUCUUUGAGUUUACAAGUUAAUCCUUAUUGGAGAUGUGCCAAUUAUACAGUAGAAUACCAUUAAUUUGCACUGUUUGAGGACCCCAUUAAGAAUGCUGAAUUUUGCCAACUAAGAAGUAAGCAAAUGCAAUUUAAAAAAUAAAUUUGAGCAUUCUGUAUUAAAUAUGUGCAGUUAUUAUCACAUGAAGAAGCGCAGUGUGUCGGGCUGUAAUAUAACCAUACUUGCUGUCAUGUGCUCCCAUCUCAGUGCUGGGAACUCACCAUGUGGAAACCAAGCAAAUGUGUUGUGCAUCAGCCGGCUUGAGUUUGUUCAAUAUCAAAGCUGAAACUAGCGAGGUCUGCUGUACUGCUUAUUGAAGUAUUGUGAUUCUUUUAGGCAUUGAUUCUUACAAAAUAUAUACUGUAACAGUAUACUUUGUACAGAUUUAAAUUUUAUUUGAAAAAAAUGAAAUAAAGUAGGCAAAAAAAUAAAGAUGUUUAUUUUU